UAUCGUUCCCGGAGGCGGCGUUAUGAGCCUAUAAAAAAAGCACGACUCCCUUCGCGAUCGGCCUCUCGGAUCACGGCCCUCGCUGUUCUUUGAGGGCUUUUGCUCGACUCUUCUCACUCAGUAAUCAUGUUGCUGUACCAGGAUCAUCUCACAGGUGAUGAGCUCCUAUCUGACUCAUUUCCAUAUAAGGAGAUCCAAAAUGGAAUGCUGUGGGAAGUUGAGGGAAAGUGGGUGGUUAAAGGAGCUGUUGACGUCGAUAUUGGUGCCAACCCUUCUGCAGAAGGAGGGGAAGAAGAUGAUGGGGUUGACGAUAACGCUGUCAAGGUGGUUGAUAUCAUUGACACCUUCAGGCUUCAGGAACAACCAGCCUUCGACAAAAAAACUUUUCUAACCUAUAUGAAGCGAUAUAUCAAGUUAUUAACACCUCAAUUAGAGCCUGAGGCGCAGGAGUUGUUUAAGAAGCACAUUGAACAAGCUACAAAAUUCUUGCUUUCAAAACUCAGUGACCUUCAAUUUUUUGUAGGCGAAAGCAUGCGUGAUGAUAGCAGCUUUGUUUUUGCUUAUAGGAGGGUGCUACUGAUCCAACAUUUCUGUACUUAGCAAGCGGUUUGAAGGAGGUCAAAUGUUGAGUGGCGUUGGCAAAGUUUAACUCAUCUUUUAGCCUUGUGCUAUCAUGAGAGACAGUCAUGCUUGGUUAAUUUUUUAUGUUUUGUUUUGUUAAUUCAUCUCCUUGCGAGUUAUGAUGUUGGUUUGCUUAAACAUUGUGGUGGUGUGAGAAAGACGCUCAUCUUUUCUAUGUGACUUGUUCGAGAAGUAUCAUUUCAAUGUUAUCAAGUUGAGGUAUUUCAAAAA